CCUUUCUUCUUCUCCGCGCCGUUCUCGUUGCGCCCGUACGCGCUUCUUUACGGUAAUGGUGCUGAUGCGGGAUGAGUCAGGCUGUACGAUGCUACUGCUGCUGCUGCUGCUGCUGCCGUCGCUCUCUGCUGCCAUUUCGUCUGCGCCGAUUAGCUCCAAACACAGAAGGGGUUUUUCGGGAUCCCCGCCACCACCUCCUCUUCAUCCUCACAGCCCGCCGCCCCCCCGCCGCUCCUCUCCCUCAGACGCUAUUGACAACGGGGGGCUCAGUUUGAACCGGACUUCCGCAGGAUCCGUGUGUUUUUCAAAGAAGCUGCACCUGCUGCUCUGGAUGCGCUUCUGUCUCAGCUGUCCGGCGGGGGGCCCUGACCGUAAGAAACGGAACAGCUCCGGACUCCAGCGAACCAGCGUGUGUUUGUAUUAAUAAAAAUAAUAAUACGGAGUCCCCAGAUUUUUUUUUUUUUUUUUUUUGCGGCCUGAGCGUCGAACCAGUCCGACUUGUUGAUGCCAUGGAGCUCUCAUCGGCCUGGUCCUGAACAGCAGCACCGGCCUAAAGCGGACCCACUUCCUGCUGCAACCAAACAGCUGACGGCCUAACGGGGGGAAACACUCUUUUGUCUCUCGCUCAAGCUCGCGCCGACGCACGCGCACCUCGGGCGCUCCACACCUCAGCAGCAGCGGCAGCGCGCGGAGCAGCGACGCAGUCGUCAUGGAGGCCAUCUGGCUCUACCAGUUCCGCCUCAUCGUCAUCGGGGACUCCACGGUGGGCAAGUCGUGUCUGAUCCGGCGGUUCACGGAGGGUCGCUUCGCCCAGGUGUCCGACCCCACCGUGGGCGUGGACUUCUUCUCCCGCCUGGUGGAGAUCGAGCCCGGGAAGCGGAUCAAGCUGCAGAUCUGGGACACCGCCGGGCAGGAGCGCUUCAGGUCCAUCACCAGAGCUUAUUACCGUAACUCUGUGGGCGGGCUCCUCCUCUUCGACAUCACCAACCGCCGCUCCUUCCAGAACGUCCACGACUGGCUGGAGGAGGCGCGCAGCCACGUCCAGCCGCACAGCAUCGUCUUCCUGCUGGUGGGCCACAAGUGCGACCUCGAGGCACAGCGCCAGGUGACCCGGCAAGAAGCGGAGAAGCUGGCCGGGGCGUACGGCAUGCGCUACAUCGAGACGUCGGCGCGCGACGCCAUCAACGUGGAGCACGCCUUCACCGAGCUGACCAGGGAGAUCUUCGCCUUGGUGCGGUCCGGCGACAUCACCAUCCAGGAGGGCUGGGAGGGCGUGAAGAGCGGCUUCGUGCCCAACGUGGUCCACUCGUCAGAGGAGGUGACCAAGAGCGACCGCCGCUGCCUCUGUUGAUCUGGGUGAACGGAGGUUGUGAAAAGGGAGUGGACGCCGAGCGGAGCCGCCGAUGACGGACUGAACUGUCGGCCGUCCAAACGGAGGAACUGUACUUCCUUCAGACUGAAUACGGAUUUGGACGGGUGGGGAAAGUCGGUGAACUUGGUGUCGAUGAACAUCAUAACGGCAACAGCAAGCGGAGGACUUAAAGGGAUGGAUCCAUCUCUGUACAUGUUUUUCGCUCUCAGAGGGGAAAGGGUCAGAGUUGUUUCGACUGGACUGCUUUCCCAGAACGUCUCGCAAAAGGCCUUAGAAACCGGAUCUGUUCAGAUGACUUUAUCGUUUUGAUUUCUGCCAUUACCUCCUCUCCAUUAAACUACUCUCAAUAUGCAAUUUUAUGAUCACGUAACAAGAGAUCGCAUCUUUCUUUACUCAUUUCUUCUAAAGCACCGUAUAGCGUCGUUUGGUCCUAAGCAUUGAAGUUGUAUCUCCUUCGCCGACAUGUUUCACAUUCCAGAAAUCAAUAGAGGAGUCCUGGAGGUCUUAGAAAAACCCUGUCGCUUUAUUACCUUACAAAGGUAUUUAUACCACUUAAACUUUUUUU